CCGGUGACCCAGAUAUAGAAAUUCCCCCCAAAGGGAUCUUUACCUCCUUGUUUUCCUCUCGUUUUUGUUGACCUAUCGUUUCCUGUCCCUCGGGUGUGGUCUCGUCAGCUAAAAUUCUUUUCCCUCCGCACCUCUCCUGAACCACCAACCUCGCCCACCGACCUCGAGCCCCGCAAAAAUGAGUUCCUUGAAGCAAUUUAUACGAGCCGUUCGGAGUGCGAAAACACUGAACGACGAGAGAGGCGUCAUCCAAAAAGAGAGCGCUGCUAUUAGAGCUUCAUUUCGAGAGGAGUCCGGGGACUCCAAUGUCCGGAGAAAUAAUGUGGCUAAGCUAUUAUACCUCUUCACCUUAGGUGAGAGGACACAUUUUGGACAGAUAGAGUGUCUGAAGUUAUUAGCCUCGCCGAGAUUCGCGGAUAAACGACUGGGUUACCUAGGUACCAUGUUACUGUUGGAUGAGAACCAGGAGGUUUUGACACUUGUCACAAACUCUUUGAAAAAUGAUCUGGAGCAUUCCAACCAAUACGUGGUAGGAUUGGCAUUAUGCACGCUUGGCAAUAUCGCCUCGACGGAAAUGGCUAGGGAUCUUUUCCAAGAAGUCGAAAAUCUUUUAUCAACUGCCAACCCGUACAUUCGUCGCAAAGCCGCCAUUUGCGCCAUGCGAAUUAUUCGCAAGGUCCCGGAUCUGCAGGAGCACUUCAUUGAUAAAACAAAACUGCUGCUACAGGAUCGGAACCAUGGAGUGUUGCUCUGCGGAGUGACGUUAGUAACAGAUCUUUGCCAACAUGAUCCGGAUUUAGUUAGCCAGUUUAGACAGUUCACAACUGUUCUUGUUCGCCAACUAAAAAGCUUGACUAGCUCAGGGUAUGCACCUGAGCACGACGUUACUGGCAUAACAGAUCCGUUCUUGCAGGUUAAAAUCCUAAGGUUGUUAAGGGUCCUUGGAAAGGGCGAUACCCAGGUCAGCGAGCAAAUCAACGAUAUUCUUGCCCAAGUCGCUACCAACACCGAUUCCACUAAGAAUGUUGGAAACUCCAUCCUUUAUGAGGCUGUCUUGACCAUUUUGGAUAUUGAGGCGGACAGCGGAUUGCGUGUCUUAGGCGUCAAUAUCCUUGGGAAGUUUUUGACGAACAAGGAUAACAACAUCCGUUAUGUGGCUUUGAAUACUCUUAUCAAAGUUGUCGCUGUCGAGCCAAAUGCAGUGCAGAGACAUCGAAACACCAUCUUGGACUGCUUACGGGAUCCCGAUAUAUCUAUCCGUCGUCGAGCCUUAGACCUCUCAUUUACACUUAUCAAUGAGAGUAACAUCAGGGUGUUGAUAAGAGAGUUACUGGCGUUCUUGGAGGUCGCGAACAACGAGUUUAAGCCUGUAAUGACGACCCAGAUUUGUAUUGCUGCAGAGCGUUUUGCACCGACAAAGAGGUGGCAUAUUGACACUGUUCUAAGGGUUUUGAAGUUGGCCGGAAAUUACGUCAAGGAGCAUAUUUUAUCGAGUUUUAUCCGUCUUAUCGCUAACUCUGCAGAGCUCCAAACUUACUGUGUGCAGAAGCUUUAUUCUGCCCUCAAAGCUGACAUCACACAAGAGGCACUUACUCUUGCCGGUGCUUGGACCAUAGGGGAGUACGGUGACUUAUUGCUGAAGGGUGGGCAAUACGAGGAAGAGGAACUAGUCGUCAAGGUAUCGGAAUCCGAUACUGUCGACCUCCUUUCAACCAUCCUAUCGAGCGCCUACGCUACAUCCAACGUAAAAGAGUAUAUCAUUACCGCCCUAAUGAAAUUGACCACCCGUAUCAGCAGCGCUGCACAAAUCGAACGUAUCCGCCGAAUCCUCCAGUCAUAUUCUGAUAGUUUAGAUGUUGAAAUCCAGCAGCGCUCUGUUGAGUACGGUAACAUGUUUGGCUACGACGAAAUACGUCGUGGUGUGUUGGAGAAAAUGCCGCCGCCAGUCAUUAAAGAAGUCUCGAGAGUAUUUGAACGGGAGACGGCACCGAAAGCGAGAGCAGGAAAGAAAACCGCUAAGAAGCAGUCCGAUGAGGAAGCUCUUUUGGAUCUCAUGGGCGGCGAACCACCGGAGCCCACCGCGCCCCUCAGCGGAGCCCCACAGAGCAAUAUGGAAUUGCUAAGCGGCAUCCUUGGCGGCGACCUUAUGGCUUCCAAUUCAUCAUCCCCACCUCCAUCAGCCCAAUCAAAUCUCAACAGUAUCAUGGACCUAUUCAACGCCCCAGCAACAUCCUCACCAGCACCAGCUGCAGCCCCACAACAGUCAGCACCGUCGCUCUUAGGUGGACUCGGCUCAACCUCAGCCCCAUCUGUUGCUCCGACCGCUGCUCCAGUUGCGGCGCAGGUUUACAAUAAGAACGGUCUUCAAAUAACCCUGCAGCUGGCACGUACGGCCGAUGGCAUAAUCAGUAUCAUCGCCCGAUUCAAGAACAACUCCUUUACAGACCGUAUCACCAGUGUAAGUCUCCAGGCAGCCGUUCCGAGGAGUAUGAGGCUUCAGUUGCAAACCAUAAGUGACUCAGAGCUUGAUCCAGACGCCGAGGCUACCCAAAUGAUGAGGGUUGCAGGGAACAGGGGCAGUCCAUUGAAAAUGAGGCUGAAGAUUGGCUAUGUAAAGGACGAUGUAGGGGAUAUCAUGGAUAUGGUCGAUUGGGCUGAGUCUUCCUAAUUUAUGAAUGAACUGUUGUUCUUAGUUAAAGUUUGUUUGGGGAGAUAAUAGACUUGUUUCAUCACAGGGUGUCA